GUUCGUGUUUUUUCAAGCUCAAAUAUGAAAUGAGUAGUAAUGUGCGCUGCUCGGGCGGCGACAUUGACAGCGAUUUGUCGAAUAUUCUCAUGCGCCAUUUUGUGAAGGCAAUGGAAUUUUGUGUUAAGUAAUCACUCUGCGAAAAACACAUUUGUGUAUGUCCAACUUCGCGACUCGUCCACAAUGAAUGAGAAGGCUGUUGUGGGUAAAACGGUGCUCAAACGUCAUGAGGUGGCUCGGCCAGUGCACAUGCAACGGCUGGAGGCUGCCCUGGAUGUGGUCCCGUUUGUGAGCCAGGUAGAAAGGAUCCUGAACUCUGAUGACGAUUCCGACAGCGAAGAUGACCCUGAAUUUAGGUAUAUUACCAGUGAGAUGUCCAAAGGAGACCGCCUGGUGCAUGGUGUAGUGACCACUAAGCAAGAACGUCAAAGUGACCGUCUCCGCUUAUACAACUUGGCAUCCGUGGGGGAAGAGAGAGAGUGGAUACGAGAUGUCUUACUAUCCUCUGGGCCUGACACAAGCAGUGAUGAUGAGGAGACACCUGAAGGGAAAGAGCUAAGGCUACAGAGAAUACUAAAAGAAAGGAGAUUCCAAAAUAAAUAUGCCAGGAAAUACUAUAAAGACCCUGGGAACUCCCGCUACAUGUACUACGGAGCUGGUAUCAUGUCAACCAUUGACCGCUAUCCAGAGCGGAGGAUGAGUAGGUCGGUGCCGCCUCCUCCGGCCACGAGGGGGCGGCGCGGGCGCCCGUCUGAGCGGGGGUCCACCAGAGGCAUGGCCAAGUCUAGGAGAGGCCGAGGGAGAGAGACACGGCCCUGUACGGAUGUUGGUGACAAUAUGCCUGAUGGAGUAGACUGGGAAGAUCAGUUACGAAAUAUCAAACAGGAAACUGAUGCAGAAGAAUAUAAUGUACCAAUUGACAAACCUGGAGUCAGAGGCCGCAAAAAACUAUCGACACUAAAGAGCCCAGAAGCCCUAACUGCGCGUCGCAGACGUCACUGGCUGUUAUUAGUAAAGAAAGAGCUGGGCAAAGUGCAAAGGGCGCGCACGGCUACGCACAGGGAAGUCUUACUGCAGAGGAAACGGCUGGCCACACUGUGCUGCAAGCACUGGAGACACGUUGCUAUGCAGUCUCAAAAGAACAUGAAAGAAACAGUAUGGCGGUGCAAGCGCCUCAGCCGCGAGAUGCAAGCGUACUGGCGCCGCUACGACCGCGCCGAGAGGGAGACCCGUCGCCGCAUGGAGAAGGAGGCCGAGGAGCAGAGGAAGAUGGACGUAGAACUGAUGGAGGCGAAGCGGCAACGUCGCAAGCUCAACUUCCUGAUUACGCAAACGGAGUUAUACGCCCACUUUAUGCAACGCAAGCUGAGUUCAGCGGAGGACGGUGACAGCGGCGCCGAUCGUAUCUUGCGGCAGUUGGAUGAGGACCGUGACCCAAGGCUGGCGGGCAUCGACCACUAUGACAGCGACGCAAUGAAAGCGCGCGCGUCGCGCAACGCACGCGAGGCCUUCCACGCUGAGCGCGCGCGAACGCAGCUAUUCGACGCGGCUGCGGGCGCGGGCGAGCCGGAGCGCGCGCCCGGCGACCACGAUCAGCCGGCCAUCUUCCGCGGCACGCUCAAGGGCUACCAGCUGAAGGGCAUGAACUGGCUCGCCAACCUCUACGACCAGGGCAUCAGCGGUAUCUUAGCUGACGAGAUGGGCCUCGGCAAGACAGUUCAAUGCAUCGCGUUCCUGUGCCACGUGGCGGAGCGGCUGGGCGUGUGGGGCCCCUUCCUGGUGGUGUCGCCCGCCUCCACGCUGCACAACUGGCAGCAGGAGAUGGAGCGCUUCGUGCCCGACUUCAAAGUGGUACCCUACUGGGGCAGCCCGAGCGAGCGUAAGAUCCUCCGUCAGUUCUGGGAGCGCAAAGACCUACACACUCGUCAAGCGGCCUUCCACGUCGUAGUGACGUCAUACCAGAUCGUCGUAUCGGACUUGAAGUACUUGAACCGUGUGUCGUGGCAGUACAUGAUACUGGAUGAAGCUCAGGCUAUAAAGAGCUCGGCUAGUAUGAGAUGGAAACUCCUGCUUGGUUUUAGCUGCAGGAAUAGACUGUUGCUAUCGGGCACACCCAUCCAAAACAGCAUGGCGGAGUUGUGGGCACUCCUCCACUUCAUAAUGCCGACGCUGUUCGAUUCCCACGAGGAGUUCAACGAAUGGUUCUCGAAAGACAUCGAAAGCCACGCUGAGAAUAAGAGCACUAUUGAUGAGAAACACUUGUCACGGCUACACAUGAUCCUAAAACCGUUCAUGUUACGACGGAUAAAGAAAGACGUGGAAAACGAGCUUUCAGACAAAAUUGAGAUUAUGGUGCACUGCCCCUUAACUAUAAGGCAAAAACUUUUGUACAUAGCUUUAAAAAAGAAAAUUAAGAUAGAGGAAUUAUUACACUACUCGGUUGGUGCUGAAUCUGGUCACAACGUAGAUAAAAACUUUACAUCGAAUUUAAUGAAUUUAGUCAUGCAGUUUCGUAAGGUAUGCAACCAUCCAGAGCUUUUCGAAAGGCGCGACGUAAAGUCUCCCUUUGCGAUGCACAUAGACGACUACCACAUACCAAAACUAGUCGCUGAAGACGGUGUCCUAAUACGUUCCAUUCCAUCGAAGCGACAUCUACUCUACAACAUCCUUUCGGUGUUGAUACCAGAACACGUGCAUAGGAACGCGAAUGAUUGCGAAUUGGAAGAGAGUCAGGAUGGGAAUGUGAAGUGCUUCGCGUUUACGAGGUUUAUGGAUCUGUCGCCGAUGGAGAUUUAUAGGGUUAUGCUGUGCGGGUGGUUGUAUGCAAUGCAACACAUAGAAUAUAGUUUAGAAAAAUACGAAAGGAUACGCCACAGGCAAAACUGGUGGGACCGUUCGAAGCCGUCCGAGCACAUCAAAGUGGAAGAGACAGAGAUAGACGAUAUGCCAAACUACUACGACCAAGUGAGAUGCAAAGACAGCCUGCUGAUAUGUCCUGACGGAGAUGUCUUGGGGAAGAGGAAAGAAGACAGUUUGCUGUGGAAAGAAAUGUUGUUUACGGAUCCUUUGUGGGUGCCAGGAGGUCCAUUCUACACGCACACCGACCACACGAUACAUUACAUGCCAGAGACUAUAGAACAUCGAGCCAUGCGCUUGCGCUGCAACGCUGAGAAGGAAGGACAGCCGGAGAUGCUCAGUGAGAUAAAGACCGAAGAAGGCGGCGUGAUAUCAGUGCAGACUGAGGAGCAGCCAUUCCCACACAUUGAGCGGCCGCCGGUGGUCUAUCGGGAUAUGCCUACCCCGCUGCCUUCGUUCCUGUACACGGCUCAGCAAAAAGUGUCAGCGCACACGCGCGUCCCGUUCGCGGUGUCCCGCAGCUUCGCGUACCACGUGACGAGGCACCAGCACGCCGAGUGCCGCGAGGGCUGCGAGGCCGCCGACCGCUUGGUGGCCGCCGCCCGCCCGCCCGCCGGCUGGGCGUCUCUACAAGUGCCGGAUAAGAACCAGCUAGUAAGCGACGCCGGAAAACUGACGGUUCUUGACUCAUUACUGAAAAGACUGAAGGAACGAGGCCAUAGAGUGCUGAUCUACAGCCAAAUGACGAAGAUGAUCGACUUAUUAGAGGAAUAUAUGUGGCACAGAAAACACAAAUACAUGCGGUUAGACGGUUCCAGUAAGAUAUCAGCACGUCGAGACAUGGUUGCCGAUUUUCAGGCAAGAGCUGACAUCUUCGUGUUUCUACUGUCCACGCGAGCUGGUGGUCUAGGUAUCAAUCUCACCGCUGCGGACACUGUGAUAUUCUACGACUCGGAUUGGAACCCCACAGUGGAUCAACAAGCCAUGGACCGAGCGCAUCGUUUAGGCCAGACGAAGCAAGUCACGGUGUACCGUCUAAUCUGCAAGGGCACCAUUGAGGAGCGCAUUAUGCAACGCGCACGGGAGAAGAGCGAGAUCCAAAGAAUGGUCAUAAGUGGCGGCAACUUCAAACCAGACACGUUGAAACCCAAAGAAGUUGUGUCUCUUCUUUUAGAUGACGAAGAAAUUGAAUUGAAAUACCGACAAAAGUCGGAAGAAAAGAAAAUUAUGGAAGAAAGAGAAAGAAAACGAAAAUUAGGUAUUCUGCCACCGCAGCCAGCCGUGAUAGAACCGAAGCGAACCCGGGACUCGGCGUCGGAGCCAGGCAGCCCGCUGCAGGUUGACGACGACGGCGACCAGUUGGUGGUUGACGCGCCGCCCCUGCCCGCAGUGCCGAUGACGUACUCCCCGCCGGUGCGUUCGCCGGCGUGGGGCGUGUCGCGGCCGUCCCGCAGCGCGCGGCGCGGGCGGCCGCGCGGCUCGCGGCACGCGCUCCAACGCCGCCCCGACCCCAAGCCGCAGCCCGCCGAUACCGCCAUUGCUAUUGCAGCUGGGACGCCGCCGCAGCCCGCGCCCGCCGACACUGCCAUCGCCAUCGCAGCUGGUGAGUGA